UAAAUCACGCAAAUAAAAAAAAUUGAAAAAGAAAAGGAAAAGAAAGAGAGAAGAAAUCCAGAACAGUUUCAGAUGAUGCUCUCUCAACCGUCUCUCUUUCGAACAUCUCUCUCUAUCUAGAAGAGCAGAGGAGGGCGGGAGGAUAAUACCUGAAACCCUAGCUUGUGAUUGCUUGCGUUUUAAGUAUUCGAUCCAUCCGCAAUUUGAUGCCCUGAAAUGUGCUUUCUGGAAAACGAUUGAGACGAGAGAGGGAGAGAGUGGAAGAACGCUAAGGAGUUAGGAUUGAUUGAUUGAUUGAGUUUUACUGUGUGUUUUAUUGAUGAAGCAACUUCUUCGGUGGCAGAGGACUCUGAUCCUCUGUAUGCUGUCUUUCACCGUGCUUGCUCCUCUCUUCUUCGUAUCGAAUAGGUUCAAAACCGUCAAUUCUAUAGGUCGGAACAAGUUCGGUGACGAUUUGUCAAGUAUUCAGAAAUAUAGGACCGAUGCUAUAACACUUAAAACGAUUGAGCAGGAGUGGAGUGAUGGCUUGAAAGAGCCAAAACUAGUUGUUUAUGAAGAUAAAGACUUAGGAUCUUCUGUCAGUGACAAUACUCUUGAGAGGAAUAGCGAUUUUACGAAAUCUGUAAACGUCAGGGACACAGCCAACGUUUUGGAUAUGAAUGUUUCAGGAACUAAUCAUGAGAGAGAACAAGAUAAUCAGAAAAUUCAGACAAUAACGGUGCCAACCAAUCCUCGUGAAAAGUUGCAGGAGAAAUCCAAUCAAACAACAGUUCUCCAAAAACGUGAUGCACAGUCUCAAUCACGGAGAGUGACGGAUUUGAAAGUAAAACAGAUUAGGGAUCAGCUUAUUAGAGCCAAGGCUUACUUAUAUUUUGCACCACCUGGUAGUAAUUCCAAUUUGGUUAGGGAGUUAAGAGUGAGACUUAAAGAAUUGGAUCGAGCUGUUGGUGAAGCUACCAAAGAUUCAGAUUUGUCUAGAAGUGCUCUGAAGAAAAUGAGAUCCAUGGAGGUUUCCUUAUCCAAAGGCAGUCGAGUAUUCCCAGACUGUUCUGCCAUGGCCACCAAGCUCCGUGCUAUGGCUUACAGCGCUGAAGAACAGGUUCAGAUCGAAAGGAAUCAAGCUGCAUAUCACCUUCAGCUUGCAGCAAGGACUACUCCAAAAGGUCUUCAUUGCCUUUCUAUGCGGCUGACAGCUGAAUACUUGGCCCUGCAGCCCGAAGAAAGGCAACUGUCUAACCAACAAAAAUUCUAUGACCCGAAUUUUUAUCACUAUGCCGUCUUCUCUGAUAAUAUUCUGGGUUGUGCAGUUGUCGUGACCUCCACCGUAUCAUCUGCUAUGGAUCCAGAGAAAAUUGUUUUCCAUGUGGUGACUGAUGCACUCAACUAUCCGGCACUCUCAAUGUGGUUUUUGUUGAAUCCCCCUGGCAAUGCUACGGUUCAGAUUCAGAGCAUAGAGAAUUUUGAAGGGUUGUUGACCAAGCAUGAUUCCAUGCUUAGUAGGCAUAAAUCCAAAGAUCCAAGAUAUACUUCUGCUCUGAACCACCUGCGUUUCUAUCUGCCAGAUGUCUUCCCUCUACUGAAUAAGAUUGUGCUAUUUGACCAUGAUGUGGUAGUGCAAAGGGAUCUUUCUGAACUUUGGAGCAUUAAUAUGAAGGGAAAAGUAAAUGGAGCUGUUGAGACUUGCCGGGAAAGUGAACCUUCCUUUCGAAGGAUGGAUAUGCUUGUUAAUUUUUCAGAUCCAUUGGUGGCUAAGAGGUUUGACGUCAAGGCAUGUACAUGGGCAUUUGGGAUGAAUAUAUUUGAUCUGCUUGAAUGGAGGAAGCACAAUCUUACUGCAAUCUUCCAAAGAUAUCUACAACUGGGAUACAAGAGGCCAUUGUGGAAAGCUGGGAGCUUGCCGUUAGGCUGGGUCACAUUCUACAAGAAAACAAUUGCUUUGGACAAGAGAUGGCAUGUUCUGGGCUUAGGUUAUGAAUCUGGCGUCGGACGGGGCGAAAUCGAGCGGGCAGCAGUGAUACAUUACGAUGGAGUCAGGAAACCGUGGCUGGAUAUUGGCAUUAAAAAAUACAAGAGUUAUUGGAGCAAAUAUGUGAAUUACCGUCACCCUUACUUACAGGAGUGCAAUAUCGAUGACUAAUCAAAAGAGAUGGAGCAAAAUCAUCCAUACAUGUUAGCUGAAGUCAAUGAAGAGUGCCAUCUCACAUGAUUCUUUGGUAAUUUGUCCUGUAAAUUUCAUUAAUAUUUUUUCCCGGCAAUAAUUUUGUAGUAGCUGAGUCGAUUCGUAUAAAAAUUACUGAAAUGAAAUAAGUUUUUGAUCGAUAUUGCAAUA